AACUAUUCACUGGUAUGAACAUAUUGCCUAUCAGAAUUGACAUCAAAUGUCGUUAGUGAUUAUGGGCAGAGACGUGCAUUUACUGCUCUUCACAAACUGAAUGUUUUCUUUAAAAUAUUAUUUUAAAAUAUACUGAGUCAAAUUAAAAACUUCACAACCGUUUCAUCUUCGCUAAUUAGCAAAUAUGACAGAAGAACGUGUUAAAUAAGGUAUUUUUAUUGUAUAAUGUCGAAAGAAAGAAUAGGAAUAAAUGUUGAGUCAAAAAGCUGUUCGAUGCGCCCACAGCGUUCGUCAAAACAACAAACAGUCAAAAUGAUAAUUCACAAGCAGGGUCGUCUGGGUUAGCACCUGGUCGCUGUAUGCAGCAGCGUUGAGCUUGCCACGGAUGACAAGAAGUUGAGAACGUCAAUUUCCACAGAAAGAACCACAAACCAUUACACUUCCGCCUACGAAUAUUUCAACUUCACUAACACAACACUGAGUUUGACGUUUACUACGUCGUCUCCAAACCCUAUGCCUGCCAUCGGCAAAUCGCAGUGUGAAUCUCUAUUCAUCGCUAAACACGACUGUAUUCCAUUCCCUCUGAGUCCAUUGCAAGUGGCGUUGUGUCUACAGUUGACAUUGACGUUGAUGAAAUUGCGACGGCACGUUCACGCUGCAUAUUUGUGAGGCGUGGCAUCGAAACAAGUCGUAACAAAUAUCGUUUUAAUGUGUUUUUUCGUUGUGUCAGACUACUGUGAGCAAGUAACGAUGAAAACGCGCGUUCUAUUGUAGUCACGUGAUCGGUGGCAUGUGCAAAACCACUUUUGCGUCAUUGGUGCUGUGCACGUGCUAUAGAUCGGGUUACGUGGGCUGUGAUGGGCUUCAAAUGGAGUAUAGACAUUGUCAUUACAAUAUUUAUUCCUGAAAAAUACCUGCUUUUAACACUCGUUGACUUUAUUCAAAUUUUAGAUUGUGAAGUUUUUAACUUGACUCAGUAUUUUAAUCAACGUUCGUCCACUGUGCAUAAUUCAGAAGAAUAUAUUUUAUUAUGUAGUGACUUUACAAAUAAACAAUUUACAGCGCAGGCGCGAAAAGGUUAUUUUUCCAAAACACAGUUACAAACUAGCACGCUUUCUUGUUUAUUGGAUGGUGUUACACUGUUGUUUUCUGUAAUGGACAGAUGGCAACCUGUUCAGUUAAUGACCCAGAGGUGUCGUUUAACAUAACCACUUUUGACCACACAGAAUUAAAGCAAAAGAUUGUAUUGAAAACAUGCUAACCACUAACCAACUAACAACUAACCCACUGUCCUUUACAGACAGCCCAGAUAGCUGAGGUGUGUACCCAGGACAUCGUGUUUAAACCUUAAUUGGAUAAAAACACAACAAUAAGUUGAAAUGAAUGAAAACAUGUGCUCGUACGUGUAAAGCUGAUGACAUGCAUUUAAGCUAUCGGUCAUCUACAUUUGUCUUAACUUACUGGAAAAGAACACAAGUAAAUGAAUUAUAUUAUAGUUUGUUCAAUAUGCAAGAACGACACCAUUAUACAAUUGUAACAGAGGUCCAUUAAUUUACAGAUAUUAUAGUUAUUAAUUGAUUAUUAUACUAAUAUUGUUGUGUUGUCUUUGGUUUGUUGUUGGUCUUGUUGUUGCUUUGCUGUUGUUUGUUAUUAUUGUCUUGUUAAUUUGUAACACUACAUGUAUUAUGUUUAUACCAAACCACAUGCCAUGUCCAUCUUUUAUAAAAUGUCAGCUUGACAUCAGCCAUCUUUUAUUGAAAAUCACCUCCGAUUCAUUGCGAUUGUUCGCAAGUACUUAGCAACGAACAUGUUUUGGGUACGGAGCGAUCGGCCCAACUGAACGAAAUACAAUAAUGUAGCAACUUGGCAAAUAAAACGGUGUAAAAGUUAAUAACAAUAUCUGUUUUGUAUUUCAGAGUAAAGACAGAUAUUUAGCCGAGCAAUGGCCGUCAGGAUAUUAUGUGCUGUACUUGUUGUGGUAUUUGUUCUUAAAGAGGAAACAGAAGGAAUUCAGUUUAACACCAGCCAGGAUCUACAUCAUUGUUCCUAUUGUAACGGAUCCUGCUCAGCUUGCCAACCAGGAUAUUUUGGGGAGCAUUGCCAUAAGAAAUGUGACCCUUGUGAAAAUGGGAUGGAGUGUCAUCGGCUGACUGGAAACUGCACGACAGAUUAUUUGGUCAAAACGAAUGACACUUGGGCAUACCGAUGUGCAGAUUGCAGUGGUCAGUGUAUUCUUUGUUUUCCUGGUUGGUAUGGAGACAACUGUACACAAAAAUGUAUAAACUGUGGAAUAGAUGGCUGUAAUAAAACCUCUGGUAUUUGCGUUGAAUGUGAAGAUCAUUAUUGUGGAAAGAACUGCACAGAACGAUGUUCACAAAAUUGUUCCGAGGGUAUAUGUCACAGAGACUCUGGGGAAUGUCUGGAUGGCUGCCAAAAAGGAAUGUGGGGUGAUCACUGCCAUAUUCCAUGCAAGAAAAGAUGUUUGAAUGGUUCAUGCAACUUUGAUGGUACCUGUACGUGCCAUCAUGGAUCCACUGGUUCCGAAUGCUACCUAACCAUUUCAGUCUUACCUGUAGCUAACCCACCAAAUACGACAUGUACCUUUAUGGAUCAGUCUUGUCUUACCGAAACAGCCGCUCUUCCCAUCUUAAUUAUCCAGUUUGUGAUGAGUGUAGUGAUGUUCUUUAUCGGGAUGAUAUGUGUACGCAAAGGACGUCUCAAAGGUCAUACAUGUUGUAAAUUUGGAAAGAAAACUACAUACAAUGAUGAGAGUACGCCGCUGCCUUCGGCAACUGACAGUGGUGAUGGCAAAGAGGCUGAAGAUAAAUUCUGAGACAUCAAUCCAACAUUAAAUUAUUGCUGUUUUGUGUGUGCGUUUGCUGGUGGUUGGGUUUUUUUUUUUUUUUUUUUUUUUUUUGUAGUUGUUUCAUUGCUUUUUUUCCAAUUCAUUGUUUAAAAUGAUAGUUACUUUUCACAAACUAUUUAUUUUGUCAAGGUAAAUCCAUGAUUUUCCUUGAAUAUAAUUUUUUUUAACUCAUCUGACCCGAAGGGCCAUGUGACCCCCAUUGUCCGUUUGUUGUUCGUUCGUCCGAUGUCCAUAGACUUUUUACAUGUCCAACAUUUUUCUCAAGUUCCAUCAGCCAGGUUUCAACCAAUUGGUCCUCUCGUGGCCUUGGCCCACGAGUUAUUACUUUUCGGGCUGAUUCGAAAUCCAAGGUGUCGGUCCUGGCCUGUAAUUUGCUGAGACAUUUUCAACUAAGUAGAUUUUAACAAAAAAGUAGACUAAAAUUAUGAUCUAUGUGUUGCUUUUCGGACUGAUUCGAAAUCCAGUAUGUCACCCUGUUCUUCAUUUGGCCGAUACAUUAUCGACUUCACUAUGAAUAUUGCAACCAAACUUGGAACAAAUGAUUCUCUUAUGGCCCUGUCUAAGUGUUGUUAUUUUACGCGCCAAUUCGAAAUCUAAUAUGUCCUGCCCUGGUCUGGCUGGGAUAUUUGGGACAAACAUGAUUAACUAAUUAUCUCGUGACUUGACCAUCACAAGUAUAAAUCUUCAUUGAUUCCCUAUUUAUGUCACCGAUGGAAUUAGAAUUUACAAAAUGUCAAAACAUACGCUAUGAUAAAAGUGCAUUAUUUAUUGGUACAGGCAAUUAGCGGUCACCACAUGACAAUCGGUUAUAAACCAGUAUUGCUAUUCAGAAGUAUACUUAAAUAUUAGGCCCUAUCGACCUCUUGGGUUUUGUUAUCUUUUAAAGUAUUAGUGAGACAUUUUGUCUAUAUCAUGUUUGCCUUUAGCAUCUAUAUUAUGCAGAUGUGAACUUUUAAUUUUAAUUUAAUAAUAUAUUUAUAUAUUUCUGAUAUAAUACUAUAAUACUAGAUUCCACCCACCCCCUAUUUACUGUCUCAGCUUGUAGAAAUAUUAGAACUAUCAUUGGUAUUACUCGUCGCUAAUUUAGUUGGAAUGUUUUUAAACAUAAAAUAAAUAAAAUGUCAACUUAC